ACCACGUCUUCGUCGCAAUUCGAGCAAUUCCGAUAUAAAAAAUGGGGAAAAUAAAAAAGAAAGGCACGUCUGGUCAAGCGAAAAAUUUCAUCACCAGAACUCAGGCAGUUCGCAAACUACAGAUUUCUCUCCCUGAUUUCCGAAGAUUAUGUAUUUUCAAGGGUAUCUAUCCCCGUGAGCCGCGAAACAAAAAGAAAGCCUCGAAAUCAGCGACCCCAAGCACUACCUUCUAUUAUACAAGAGACAUUCAGUACCUCCUUCACGAACCUUUACUCAAGAAAUUCCGGGAACAAAAGACCCUUUCCAAGAAGAUCGCCAGGGCUCUCGGUCGCGGAGAAGUUGGAAAUGCCGCGAGACUCGAGAAAAAUAAUGCACCGAAACUCUCCCUCGAUCACAUUAUCAAGGAACGGUAUCCAACAUUUAUAGAUGCGCUUCGGGACUUGGAUGAUGCUUUGUCGCUCCUGUUUUUGUUUGCCAAUCUACCCUCGACGACCUCCGUUCCGUCUAAAACCAUUACCCUCUGCCAGCGACUGUGUCAUGAAUUCCAGCAUUAUCUGAUAGCUACCAAUUCUCUCCGAAAAUCAUUCCUCUCAAUUAAAGGCAUAUACUACCAAGCUACAAUUCUAGGGCAGGAUAUAAUGUGGCUGGUGCCUUAUCGAUUUGUUCAAAGAGUUACGGGGGACGUGGACUACCGAAUUAUGGGUACUUUCGUAGAGUUCUACACCACGCUGCUUGGGUUUGUCAAUUAUAAACUCUAUACUUCAAUCGGUUUGGUUUAUCCACCAAAGUUUGAUAAGUCUAGCGAUGAACGCGGCGCUGAGCUCGCAGCCUUCACCUUAGAAGGACGCUAUUUUGGAGAGGCGCACAAGGCUAUUGAGACUUCGCAGCAACCGAAUGGGAGUGCUGAGAAAGUGGCGACUACCUCAAAAGAACUCCAGGCUAAGGUCGACAACAUACUCGAAAAGACCCAACUCGAUACAGAGCCCACAGACCAAUCGACCGAAGACCGGGAAGAUAACACUGAGGCCAUCGACAAAUUCGAACCAAUUGCCCCUGAAGCUGACAGCUUACCACAACCACAAAUCAGUGGCGAUGAAGCAGGUUCAUUAUUUGCGACAUUCACCUUUUAUAUCUCUCGGGAGGCUCCUCGGGCACCUCUUGAGUUCUUGUUGCGUUCGUUCGGCUGCAAGCGCAUAGGGUGGGAUAGCGUUCUUGGAGAUGGUGCAUUUACACAUGACGAGCUAGACGCUCGCAUAACCCACCAAAUAGUUGACCGUCCACAACUCCCCCAGACUUCACUUCCCCCCUUACCUAAAAACCCCGAAGACGGAACCGAAGCCGCCCCAAGUGUAAGACCGGGAACCAGAGUCCCUGGCCGGACAUAUAUCCAACCACAAUGGGUUUGGGAUUGCAUCAACGAAGGAAAGCUUCUGCGCCCUGACCUUUAUGCCCCUGGUGCUACACUCCCACCGCAUCUGAGCCCAUGGGUAAAGCCCUCCAAGCGUGGCUACGACCCAAGAGCCAGCCUGGCUGACCAAGAAGAGGAGGGUGAGGCUGAACGAGCUGCUGAAGCAGAAGAGUAUGAAGACGAUGAACAGGAAGAAAGUGAGGAAGAAAGCACUAAGUCGAAACAGAGCAAAGAAUUGCUUGCUAACCUGGCUCGAGACUCUGGCGAUGAAAACACAUCCGGUGAUGAGUCAGUUAAUGGCGGAAUGGACAUUGCAAUGGCAGAAGACACGGACGAAAGUAGCAAUGACGGUGAUGGUGCCGAUAAAUUCGAAGGGUUUGACCAGGAUGAAGAUAUGAGUUCCGAGUCAGAAGACGAGGAGGAGAAAGCUCGCUCGCAACACCAGAAGGAACUAGAAGCUGAGGCGGCCGGGCUUCCGUUUUCGGCCUCCAGUCAAGCAGAGAGUGGAACCAUUAAGGGCAAAAAGCAGCAAGCACCGUUAGCUAAGAAACGGGCGGCCCAGAAAAAGAAAGAAGAGGAGGAGCUCGAACGCCAGAAGAUGAUGAUGAGCCGUAAGAAGCGCAAGCUGCUAGAUAAAAUGAUUUACUCGAACAAGAAGCAGGAUGCAGAAGCAGAAAAACUGAGGCAGAAGCGGAGAAAGAUCGAACAAGGUCUUAAAAAGAAGUAG